AUGGCUAAGAGACUAAAGAAGGUGCUUCCCUCAAUCGUGUCAGAAUCACAAGCGGCUUUCGUGCAAGGUCGGCUUAUUUCUGAUAAUAUUCUGGUAGCACAUGAACUCCUUCACGCUUUAAAUUCCUCUAAUGCCUGCUCUGAAGAAUUCAUUGCUAUAAAAACGGAUAUCUCUAAGGCCUAUGAUAGAGUUGAAUGGUCAUUCUUGGAGAAUGCUUUGAGAAUUCUCGGGUUUGAUGGGAAAUGGAUUCACCUGGUUAUGGGAUGUGUCAAAAUAGUAAACUAUCAAGUCCUCAUCAACGGUAAACCCUACGGUGACAUCAAAUCAACCCAAGGAUUGAGACAGGGAGACCCUCUCUCUCCCUAUCUCUUUGUGAUUUGCACAGAAAUGCUGGUAAGAAUGAUGAAGAAGGCUGAGCAAGAUGGGAAGAUCACAGGACUACAAAUUGCGAGAAAAGCCCCACCGGUCUCGCAUCUCUUAUUCGCCGAUGACAGCAUGUUCUAUUGCAAGGGAAGUGAAGCUGAGCUUAACCAGAUCGGAAGAAUAAUUGAAGAGUAUAGCCUAGCAUCUGGCCAGAGAGUGAACUACCAGAAAUCAAGCGUCUGCUUUGGAAAGAAGAUCCCCAUUAGUCGAAGAGAGGAAAUAAAACGGAAGCUGGGGAUAGAGAAGGAAGGAGGUGAAGGGAACUACUUAGGACUCCCAGAGAACUUUGGGAAAUCGAAAGUAGAAACGAUGAAGUACCUUCAGGAAAGAAUGAAGCAACGGACCACGGGAUGGCAUUCCAAGUUUCUGUCAACAGGAGGAAAAGAAGUGUUGAGAAAGUCAGUGGCAAUGGCGCUACCCACAUACACAAUGAUGUGCUUCAAACUCCCGAAGACCACUUACGAUCAAAUAACCUCAGCCUUGGCAGAAUUCUGGUGGAGAAGCAAUUCCAAAGGAAAUGGAAUGCAUUGGAAAACAUGGAAAGCUCUAUGCAAACCGAAGGAAGAAGGAGGUUUGGAUUUUAGAGACCUUGAAGCUUAUAAUCUGGCAUUACUAGGGAAGCAGAUGUGGAGAAUGAUGACCCGAAAGGACACCUUAAUGGCCAGAAUCUUCAGAGGGAAAUAUUUUCCCAAAAGCGAUCCUCUUCAAGCUUCACUUGGAUCAAACCCAUCCUACGCAUGGUCAAGCAUAAAUGCAGCGCAGAAUCUACUCAAACAAGGUACUCGAUAUGUGAUAGGAAGAGGAAACCAUACCCGAGCAUGGAAGGACAAUUGGAUCGAUACAAAACCAGCGAGACCCCCUCUCGUGAGACAGCAAGUCCCGGAUCAGUACCAUCAUCUUCUCCACGACAACACUAAAGUGGAGGAGCUUCUGGUCAAUAAUGGCAGAGAAUGGAACACGGAGAUAGUACAGAACCUCUUCUCAAGAGAAGAUGGGGAGAUAAUUGAAAGAAUCAGACCAGGUGGAGGGUUCACAGAAGACUCGUUCUCUUGGGACUUCUCAAGAAAUGGAGAAUACACGGUCAAGUCUGCCUAUUGGUUACAAAUCCAAAUCCAAAACAGAAGUUGCAGCUCCCAAGAAGUUCUCAACCCGAGCCUAAACCCUCUAUUCCAAAUGCUGUGGAAAACUGAGGGAAGUCCGAAAGUCCAACACUUCCUCUAG